AUGAAGUCGACGAAUUUCCUUGCAGGUGUUUUCGCUGCGCUUACUCAAGCUGCACCUACUGUCGACGAGACAUACGAAUACAAUGGACCUGAUAUCCCCAUCGGCGAUUGGGUCGACCAUACGAUUAAUGGUAAUGGCAUCGGUUUCAUCCGUCUAGUCGAACCCCCAGCUGUAUUACCUGGCUAUGUCAAUGCUACCAACAACGUCAAUGUCAUCUCACUGUCAUAUAUACCUUCCCAGCAUGGCGGGGAUACCGUUGGCAUCAAUAUCCAUUAUCAAACUCCCUUCGGUCUCGGUGUCGCUCCCUCAGUGUACUGGGGUCCCAGUGCUUCGUCUUUGGACGGCGUGGCUAUCGGCUCAACAAGAACAUACGACCGCACUCCUCCCUGCGCUCUCGUGCACAUGACCCAAUGCAGCCAAUUCUUCCACAACGUGCAGAUAGAACACCUUCAACCAGGCACAACCUAUUUCUACCAAAUCCCUGCUGCGAAUGGUACCACUGAGUCGCCUGUUUUGAGCUUUACUACUGCCCAGGCUGUAGGCAAUCCAUCUAAAUUCAGUAUCGCUAUCAACAAUGAUAUGGGGUAUACGAAUGCGAAUGGAACAUACCACUACAUCAACAGAAGUAUGUAUGAUGAGGACGGGCUCGCCUUUGUCUGGCACGGCGGAGAUCUCAGCUAUGCGGAUGACUGGUACUCUGGCAUCGUACAGUGUAACUUCUCGGUUUGGCCCGUCUGUUACAACGGCAGCUUCAGUAGCUUGCCCAACAACGACACCAACCCCGAUUACUUCAAAACACCUCUCCCGAAAGGCGAGAUUCCAAGUCAAGGCAGUCCUCGUGGUGGCGAUGUAGGCGUCCUCUACGAAUCCAACUGGGAUCUUUGGCAGCAGUGGAUGAAUAACAUCACCAUGAAGAUCCCUUAUAUUGUUCUCCCUGGCAAUCACGAGGCAACAUGUGCCGACCAUGAUAACAAACCAUUUCUCCUAUCGUCAUAUCUCAACGAGAACAAAAUGAACGCUUCAAUGCAUAGCGAUAACCCCAACUCGACUCUGACAUAUUAUUCAUGUCCGCCUUCACAGCGCAAUUUCACGGCUUUCCAGAACCGUUUCACUAUGGCAGGUGACAAGUCCGGAGGCAAGGGGAAUUUCUGGCAUUCAUUCGACUAUGGCCUCGUUCAUUUCGUAUCUAUCGAUACAGAAACGGACUAUGCUAACAGCCCCGACAAGACAUUCCGUGAAGAUGUCAAGAAAGCUAAGAAGGAGGAAGACUGCAAAGGCAAAGACAAGGGAAAGGCUAAGUGCGAACCUGAGAAGCCAGAACCGACCGGCUAUCAGUGUACCAAAAUCGAACUAUGCGAUGAGUUUGCGACGGAUGACUUGGACGAAGAGACAUAUCUUGAGUCUGGGAAGGCUCAUCCUUUGCGGAACGAGACGCAUAUCACAGAUGCCGGUCCUUUUGGAUACAUUGACGGCUCCAUCAAGGAUAACAGAGCCUAUGAGCAAUAUCACUGGUUGGCGGAGGAUCUUGGCAAGGUUGAUCGCUGUAAAACACCCUGGGUUGUCGUCAUGGGUCAUCGUCCCAUGUACAGCUCUCACGACUCCAGCAACUAUCAUCUGCACCUUCGUGAGGCCUUUGAGGGGUUAUUCUUGAAGAACAAGGUUGAUUUGUACAUCGCUGGACAUGUUCAUUGGUAUGAGCGUCUCAAGCCUAUAAGGAAUUGUGAUGUCGACCAUCGUGCGAUUAAAAACGAUAGCGAAAAGCAUGGUGUUUACGAGGUGAGGCCUGGACACUCUAUGGUUCAUCUCAUCAACGGCGCUGCGGGGAAUAUCGAAAGCCACGCUACCAUUAACAAGUCCUGGCCUAUACCCGACAUAACAGCCCAUCGGAAUAUCACUAGCUUUGGCUUUUCCAAGUUGACUGUUUUCAACGAAUCAACUCUUUCUUGGAAGUUCAUCCAGGGCCACGAUGGUAAAGUCGGCGAUGAACUCACGGUGCUGAAGAAUGCGUCUUUGACUUGCAAGGACUACAAAACUUAUAGGUCAACUAGCUCGUCCGGCUCGUCCGGUUCGUCUUGCGCUACUGAGUGCUCUGGAUCUGGCGUUCUGGCCUGGCUCUACUGCAAUGUCUAUUGUGCCAGCUUUGGGGAACCACUCAAGGUUUAA